AUGAUUAGUGAGACCCUUCACAAAACAUAUGAGAGUCUGCAGGAUGUUGAUACUGAAAAGGAUAUAAAAGAUUCUGAGGUGGAAAUCAGUGAUAAAACUAAAGAAAAUUCUGAUCAGGAUAAGAUGGAAGAUAUCAUUGAUACAACAAUAAAACAAUUAGCAGAAGAUCUUGCUUCACCUAAAAAAUGUACUGUAGGCACACAAGAUAUUAAAUGCAUACUAAAUGCAACAACAUCUUCUACUAAUAACCUAAAUUACUUAAAUAAUGAAUCUUCACUUAAUAUACAUAGUAAAAUGACAUCCUUCCAAUCUCAGUUUACAGAGGAAGCCACAAUGCCAGAAUCUAAUAACGUUAAUAAAUUUAAAGACAGUGCAAAAACUGAUGCAACAGAGACAAGAACAGAUGAUAUUGAACCAAAACCUUCUACAUCAAAAUUAACCAAUAGCGGUGAACUAUCGACAGAGUCAUCAAAACCAGAUGUAAUUAAAUCAAAGCCAACAGGAAAUUUACUGGAAAAAGAUGUGUCUGCUCAACCAUCUACUUCUACAACUGAGGUGGACAUGGAGGCUGUAGAUAAACUAAGUAUUGAGAAAUCUAACUCAGAAGCCCCAUCAGCUUCUAAAGAAACUGAUGAGGGCAUUGAGCAGAAUACAUCUGACAGUCUAGGCUUGUUAGCUGAGUCCUCAAGAAUAGUAGUUGAUGAUGAGGACCAGGAAGAAGAGGAAGAUGGGGAUGAUGAAGAAGAAUUUGACCCUGAUGAUGAAAGCAGCAAUCAAAUGACAAUAGACCAAUCUGAAGACUCUAAUACUCAUCAGUUUGAAAGUGAAGUAAAGAAAUCAGCAGCAGGUGACAAGAUUGAUGAAAUUGGUGAUAGACCCUUUGAAUUCAAUAAGGAUAAUAACGAUGAAACCACUGAAGACAAUAUUCACGAUAUAGUUAACGAAAAUGAAGACGAAGACGAGGUGACCGUUGAAGCUCAAGAUUCCAUUGACAUUGUGGAUCAUGAUGAAAAAGAAACAGAAUUGGCAGAGUCCAGAACAUCCCCAGAACCUUCAAGUAACGACCCCCAAACAGGCGUUGUUAAUUUAGACUCCGAAGACGAAAGUCAAGACAUAUCAGAAAAAAAGGCAAACGUCACAUCAGUGAAUCUGCCCGCCGAUAUAGAUGUGAUCGCGUCGCAUUCCAUGAAAAUCAGCACUGAAAUUCAGGUUAAGGCUGGAGAAAUAAUUAUCAGUGGACUCACUAAACCGUCGCAUGUCAAAGUAGCUCGCCUAAACACAAGUGAAAUAUCAAUAACGACGAAAAAGAUACCAGCGCCUGAAGUGUACGACUUGGACUCCGAAGAUGAAAUGGAAACGGAUAACCGAGAUAUGCCCGAAGACACGGAAGAAGUACGUGAUAUCUUUCAGUCGAAGAAGAGAAGAAAAUGUGUUAACGAUGCUUGCCCUAAACUAUGUGAUACGUUCCUUUUGGCUGACAACAGUACCAUGUCGUUCUACAACGGCAAAAAUCGUCAUUAUGUGUGCGAGGACUGCGCGUACGCCGUACAUCAGAGGAAUGAGAAAUUAAUUGAGGGCAUCCGAAAUUUAGAAGAUCUGCUAUCGUUAGACUUUGGGAGGGAUUCUAAGGACCCCAUCGAAGUGUUGGACUCUGACUCUGAUGAGGAAGUGGACCCAAAGGAUCUGGAGGAUCAAAUAAUCGGAGUCAAAGGGGCUAAGUUUGUUGAAGAAGAAUUAGUGGUCAUGAUUAAUGAGCAAUGGGAGAAAUACAAAAUGGACUCCCGCCUCUUGGACAGUGUUGAAAUAGUGAAGGAUCAAAUGGCUGAAUUGGAACGACAGAGCACUGAGUUGGACAACAUGUUGAAGGAAUGCCAAAUAUCGACCGACAAGUUCCGCAACGAGUUGUACGCCACGUUUCAGCCGGAAAUAACUAGUCUACCCGCAAUAAGCAUUGUCGAUACGCCGAUCACUGAUUGUGUAAGCCUCGAAACUACAAUAGAGACUCGCCAGUCAAAACGCCGCAUGUCAUCCCAAAGUGAAACGCCACCUAAACGAAGGUUGACACAAUCGCAGACAAAAAGCCAAGGGAGCGAGGAUAAGGACGAUGACAACACGGACAUUACAGUGGUCCAAUUGUCGACGGAGGAGGCGCCCCCGGAUUUACCUCCCGCGGGAGAGAUCAAACGCCCCCCCUUGGUGGCCGGAAUGCCUGUGUUUGUGAUGAGGAAUAUGUUCGGCACGUGGCAGAAGUCGCGGAUCGUGGAGUUCCUUAGUCGUGGGAACGCAGCACAGCAUACGUACACAACCUGCCGUAUAAAGUUCGACAGAGCUCAAAAGAAUUCGUUCAAAGUGGUGACCGGUAGAUAUGUUGCUUACAGCGAACCAGCCAACGCUAGAAUGACUAUAGGGACGCGUGUGAUAGCUUUGUUCCAAGGCUCCACUGAGAACGAAGAAAAACAACGCGAAACGUAUUAUUCCGGUGUGGUGGCUGAAAUUCCUAAUCCGGUGAAUAAAUUCAGAUAUUUAAUAUUCUUCGACGACGGUUACGCGCAGUACGCAAGCCACGCCAACACGAGGCUCGUAUGCGAAUACUCCGUCCAAGUUUGGGAUGAAGUCCAUCCGUUCUCCAGGUCCUUCGUGAAGGAGUACUUGCUGCAUUAUCCGCAGAGACCCAUGGUCCGGUUGCGAGCUGAGCAGGUCAUCAGAACUGAAUGGAACGACAAAUGGUGGAAAUCGAAAGUGAUAAAAGUUGACGCGUCACUCGUUCUGGUGAAAUUUUUGUUGGAGAAGAAUCGCGAUAGACUAGAGUGGAUAUACCGUGGCUCGACGAGACUCGAACCCCUCUACCUGGAGAUGAAAGCAGCUGAACGACAUCGAUCGAGGGCCAUGCCACGUGCGCAAGCGCAUUCUAGGUUAAAUAUGCCGAUCGUGGAAUACACCCGUUCGGAUGACCAGAUAAAGUCGGCUGAACUGCAGAAUAUAAGAGAACUAAAUAAUGAGGAAAUUCGCCGUCAACGUGCAGUGGCCAAAAAGUCAACGUCAGCGCAAGCGCAGCAAACGCCACCGCCAUCUGUCAAAGUUGACUUUAACAGCAGAGUUGUGUAUUACACGCCAAAGAACGCAGUGCGGCCGUUCAAAAUCACAGAUAUCCACAUCUGCAGUCCAGCUUGCAAGCGAAAAGACGUUUUGGCUCUAAAAGAACUUAGGACUUAUAAUCCACUUAGUAAACCGCUGCUCAGCGGAUGGGAGAGGCAACUCGUCCGCUCCAAGAACGACAAACGGGUGAUGUAUCGCGCGCCGUGCGGCCGGCGCAUACGCAAUAUGGACGAGCUGCUGCGCUAUCUGCAGACGAUCCAGUCGGACAUGGGCGUGGACCUCUUCGACUUUGGUCCCAGCACGCACUGCUUGGCCGAGUUCAUUAUCGACAAAUUCAUCGUUUCUAAGAAGGAUCUCUCGCACGGCAAAGAGAACGUGCCCGUGCCGUGCGUGAACUACUACGACAGCUCGCUGCCGGAGUUCUGUUCGUACAACACGGAGCGGACUCCCACGGCGGGCGUCCCGCUCAACCUGAACCCGGAGUUCUUGUGCGGAUGCGACUGCGAGGGAGAUUGUGAGGAUAAAAGUAAAUGCGCCUGCUGGAAGAUGACGCUAGAGGGAGCGCGGACUAUCGGGUUAGAGGGAGAGAACGUGGGCUACGCGUACAAACGACUACCAGAGCCAUUGCCUUCCGGGAUAUAUGAGUGUAAUUCUAGGUGUAAAUGCAAAUCGACGUGUAUGAAUAGAGUUGCACAGCAUCCUCUGCAGUUAAAAUUACAAGUAUUUAAAACGCUGAACCGCGGUUGGGGUAUUCGCGCUCUCAACGACGUGCCAAAGGGUUCCUUUCUCUGCAUUUACGCGGGAAAUUUGCUCACAGACGCCACGGCUAACUUGGACGGUCUAAACGAAGGUGACGAAUACUUGGCCGAGUUGGAUUACAUCGAAGUCGUAGAACAGAUGAAGGAAGGUUAUGAAGAGGACAUACCCGAAUCUAUUAAGGCUCUGGACAAGAAGGAAAGCGACAAGACGUCAGAAGAGAGCGAGAGCGAAGAAGAGGAAGAAUCGGAAGAAGAGAAGGCUAAAAACGAAAGUGAAGACGACGAUUUCAAGCCAGCUCCCCGAUGUGUCAUUGGUGGAGCGCAAUUCAAUAAACGACUAAGGAAACGUAAGAAAGAAGAGAAGAAAGAGAAAAAAGAAGGACAAAAUGAACAGAACGAAACAGCAGAGAAGAAUACUGGAGCCAGCUGCAUUACCAUAAGUGACGAUGAAGAAGUUCGUGAACCAUCAAGAUUCAAUGCAGCAUCAGAAAUCGGUGAAAAUAAUUACGUUUCUAAGUACAAGUCUGUCCGUACCCUGUUCGGCGAAGACGAGGCGUGCUAUAUCAUGGACGCCAAGGUACAAGGCAACAUCGGACGAUAUCUCAACCACUCUUGCUGCCCGAACGUGUUCGUGCAGAACGUCUUCGUGGACACGCACGACCCGCGCUUCCCCUGGUCCCAGGGAAAGUUCUGUACUGCCACUGCGGCGAACCGAAUUGCAGGGGCCGACUGUUGUAAAUGGAUCCUGAGAUCUCCAUUACAACUAGAACCCCUGCCAGUUAAUGGUUCCAUUUGA